CCAUCCCCACCUCAGAUUCUGGUUCCUGCCAAGGCCACGUUUCCCCCUCCACCUCUCUUUGGGGCCGUGCAGUUCGCAAGACGUGGGUUCAAACUGUCCACCACCCGGUCCACCCACCCCACUAUAAAUACAAAGCUAAGUGUGCAGCUUUGUGUAUACCGACACUCGCUGCAUUUUUCUGUUAGUAUUUCAUCUAGUUGAGUUUAUAUAUUGGUUCAGCUCCCAGCCAGUUGUGUAUUGUAUUCAGAGAGAGAGAGAGGUUGUAGUUCUGAAUUAAGUUGACUUCAGAUGGCAGUUUCAGGCGCCAUGCAGAUGCAGUCUAUCUUCGUGAGGCCGAUGACUGGCAACGGUGUUAAUGCCCACUUGACUAGGUUGAACAUGCACCGACUUCCGUCCCAUUAUGUGCCGUCUUUGCCCAGGAAUAAUGCUCCCUUGUUGCAAGUCCGGUGCAUGGCUGGUCAGGAAAACCAAAAUGAGAUACAGCCACCGCCUCCUCCUGCACCCAAGGUGAGCACCAAAUUCUCAGACCUGCUGGCGUUUAGCGGGCCGGCGCCGGAGAGGAUAAACGGGCGGCUAGCAAUGGUGGGGUUUGUGGCGGCGAUGGCGGUGGAGCUAUCGAAGGGUGAGGAUGUGUUUGCGCAGAUAUCGAACGGUGGGAUCCCGUGGUUCGUAGGGACGACUGUGGUGCUGUCGCUGGCGUCGUUGAUCCCUCUGUUCAAGGGGGUGAGCGUGCAGUCCAAGUCGGAGGGGGUGAUGACUUCGGACGCAGAGCUGUGGAACGGGAGAUUUGCCAUGUUGGGUCUGGUUGCUUUGGCCUUCACUGAAUAUGUUAAGGGUGGUGCUCUUGUGUAGCUCACCCCCACCAUCUUCUGAUCUUCCUUUUGGACAACAACUUCUACUGUAAUAUUUUAGUGAUUAUCAAUACUACUAUCAAUAGAUAGAUCGAUGUUUUUACAGUAAAAACACUACUGUAAUAUUAUUGUUAUUUUUGGUUUAUAUUGAUUGAUAUUUUAAGCCCA